GACGACGCCGUUCCUCGGAGGAACGAAUUUAUGGGCUGCCAUGGGUAUCGAGGGCUGGGACGAGAGACUCGGAGCAGAGAGGAGAAGGUGAAGACGAAGAAGAUGAUUGUAUGAUGGAGAAGCACAAGCAAGAAGCAGCACUGGAAGCAGUAGUCGGCAGCGUAAUACGGAGCGCAACGGGAAGAGUCGGGGGAGUUUAUAGUCUGUCCAGCGGAUCAGCUCGGCUUACCUGUUUGUUUGUUUGCUAGCUAGCUUGCUGUGGUGUGUUUCGUGUGAUGCUCGUAGCGUGACGUAGUCGAGAGGUUAGGGCGAUAUUUCUUACUUUGCGCCGCGAAGCUUUAUCCUCUUUUCGCGUCUUUGUCUGUUCUCGUUUUGUUUUGUUUGGGCUGUGUUUGGGUUUAGUUUGUUCGUUUUCUCAGAUCUCGUUGAGUGGAUUUUGCUAGUUGUCCUUGUGUUCCGUUUCUCUCCCUCCUUUUUUCUCCCUCCAUCCUUUAUUUUGUUUUAUUUUAUUUUUGUAAGGGGGAUUAGCGAGAGGUAGGCAAUACAUACAGAGGUUACGAGGAUUAGGGUUGCUUUUUGAAUUUUGGCUUUGUGAAUUUGCGUAGCGGUGGAGGGUUUUGUUAGAGUAUAUUGUCUUGCUAUAGACAGCGAGUGGCAAGAUUGAGUGAAUGGUUAAGUUCGAGAUCUUCAUGUGGAGCACGUGCUUGUGGACGAUACAUGGGGUCCAUACUGACUUCCGGAGAAUGGCCUGGCUUUCGGGUGGCGAAAUUUUCGAACUUUGAAGAGGCUUCAAGUGGAGUACAAGACUAAGAUCCAGGGUAUGUGGUUCUUGGAGAUCUUGAAAUCCUCACGGCUGCAGUAACUCGUCAGUGGAGACGGAGUAGGAAGGAUGGUAGAGGAGAGGGGUAGUUCUCGCAGUUCUCGGGGCGGCUCGUGGGGUAGUGGCGAGGAUGGAGGGAGCUCUCAUGGUGGCAAGGGUGUGCCCAAGCUUUCGCGUACCGUUGCCAAAAAGAUUCAUAAGUAUGAUGUAUCAGCAGAUCAUUCAGACUACGAAGACGACGGUUCCGUCCAUUCCACAUCCUCAUCCGGCUCCCGUAGGAAUCCUCUCAGUAAGAGUAUCAUCCAACAGCAGAGCUUUCGAGUGGGAGCCAAUUUCGAAGAGGAUUUGAAAACGCUCUAUGAAUUAAUAGGUGUGUCAAAGCCUGCGGACCUAGCUAUUUCGGCCUCGGACUGGCAAUCUCGUGGGAAGUCCAUCGCUUACAGCCAACCGCUUUCUUCCCCCAGUCUAUCACAAGAGCAUGGUGAGGCUUCUCACUCCAACGACUUAAAGCCAAGCAUUAUUGAUUUUCGUUCAGAAGCGCCCGCUGCUUCGCCUCGCGAACUUCCGGUGGCUCCCGUUAAACUCGAUGCGCAUGAAAGAAUGACCUACCGGAGCGAUUAUGUCAAUUCCCAACCACAAAAUCAUUAUGGUCGUAAAAAUAGUCCUUCCCAGCGCUCACCACCUCCUGAGUCCUUCCCCGCCUUCGAUAGCUCGCCCUCUCGACUGGGCAGGGAAGGGUACGGACUACACAGGAUGCAAUCGGACCCAGUAAUGCCUACGUUGGGAGCCCUUUCUCCCCUAGGCACUGGCAAUGCCCAUCCGGAGUCUGCGGGAUCGACCGCAACUCGUAGAUGGUCAUUCGAUUUGGUGCCGGGUAAUCAUGAAGGAGAUUAUGCGAACAUGAGUCAGGUCGUUCGUGAUAAUUUGCCUUCGGCUGCAGUAGCAAUGCCUAAGAACGGUCUUGUUCGGAGGUCUCCCAUCAUAAGAGAUCCCAAUCGAAGUAACAGCUCUGUAAGUAACCCUUAUGCACAACGACAGUAUCCCAAUCUUGCAGAGGAGGCAGAGUCAAGUGCAAAGCCUGAGUCAAGUGCAAUACCCGAUUCAUCUGCAAUGCCUGAGUUACCUGCUAAACUUGAGUCAACUGCAGUGCCUGAGCUAUCGGCCAAACCUGAGUCAAAUGCAAAACCUGAAUCAGAACCUGAACAGGAUAGUUCUGUGGAGGCUAGGACAGAACAUUAUGGAAGUGUUAGAAAAUCGAAAAUACCCUCCGCCUUGAUUAUUGACAAAUUUGAGGAACCUAGUAUCGUCAGUACAGGAAGAUCACCUGGUGUUGUUUCGAAGAGACCACCUUGGGACACCUGGUUUAAAGGUGACUUUAUCGGCUCUGGAACGUUUGGCUCAGUGUAUGAGGGUAUUGACAACAAUGGAAUGUUUUUUGCCGUCAAGGAAGUUUCUCUUAAAGAUCAAGGGAAGGUUGGACAAGAGGCCAUCAAGCAAUUGGAACAUGAAAUAGCACUUCUUAGCGAUAUACAGCAUCCAAAUAUUGUUCAGUACCUGGGUACCGAAAGAGAUGAUGAGAAACUCUAUAUUUUUCUGGAGCUAGUAAGCAAGGGCUCAUUGGCUAGCUUAUAUAAGAAGUAUUAUUUCGUGUAUGAUCAAGUUAGGGCGUAUACAAAGCAGAUUCUUAGUGGUCUCAAGUAUCUGCAUGAUCGGAAGAUCAUACAUAGAGAUAUUAAGUGUGCAAAUAUUCUGGUAGACACUAAUGGAGUGGUUAAGCUGGCCGACUUUGGGAUGGCUAAACAAGUAGAUAAACUGGGUCUGCUGAAAUCAUUUAUGGGUAGUGCUCACUGGAUGGCUCCAGAAGUGGUAAAUCCCAAGAGGCAGUACAACUUCUUGGCUGAUAUAUGGAGUCUGGGAUGUACGGUGUUGGAGAUGGCAACCGGAGAUGCGCCAUUUGGAGAAUUGGAGUGUCAUAGUGUACUUUGGAAAGUCGGCAAUGGGGAAGGUCCUCUUAUUCCGGAUGAUCUUGAGGAUGAGAUGAAGGACUUCAUCUCCAAAUGUCUGGAAGUGACUGUAGGAAAUCGGCCUACUUGCGACAUGCUUCUGACACAUCCUUUUAUUACCGGUGAACCGAUGACUGGCCCAGUGAAGCUAGUGCCGAUGCCUGAGCUGUCCACAAUCUCUGAGGAAAGAUCUAUCGAUGUAUCGGAGAGUCCAAGCAUUGCAACAAGUUCGCAGUCGGGCUCGAGUCCGAGCGUGGCCGGAGAUGCUGUCAGUCCCGCUUCUGUGGCAGUACGACCGAGAUCCAUGAGAACACUGCGAAGUGAAUUUAGCAUGAGCUCACCAGAAAGUAUCGCAUCGUGAUUAAGAAGGCUCUUUAUUAUUUUAGGUUCUCCACCAGGUUCAAGUGGGAGCGACUGCUCAUUGUAACAUUAGUGUCGAACUUUUUAUUUCAAGGAAAUGGAAUUGAUCGAGUAGCAAAUGAAGGUUUUACGGUUGAAUCCAGUUGUGCCUUUCAGAUAUUUGUCCAUGCAUUGGUGUUUAUUUGGUAAUCCUGCUUGGAACUGUCAUUCGGGAUACAUGUGGGGUUACCUUGCAAUAGCAUGGAGAAUAUGUUCAGUUUA